AUGACAACAAAAAAAAUACACAUUAACAUUCUUCAAACUCAAAAUGAAUUACCAACAUAAAGGAAAUUAGAAACUGAAAAACAUUCAAAAUAGAGAUAUAACAGUUAAUAAAUUAGAGUAUCAGCCUUCGAUGAUUAUAGAGUUCAGAAAAAACAUGAUUGGUAAGAUUAUUACGAAAAACAAUUAUCAGAAAUUAAAUCUCUAUAUCCAAAUGCAACUCAUAAUGAAUUAACUUCGAUAAUUUCUAAAAAAUGGAAAAAGGCAAAAAAAAAUUUUAAAUUUUUCGAUUAAUUAGCAUAAUAAAUAAAAAAAGAGCAUAUUAACAAAGUGAGUGAAUCAGUACUUAAUAAAGAUGAUAUUUUAUAAAAGUUAUAAUUGAAGAAAGAAUCAGAUUAAAUAAUAGAGAAAUUAAGAUCAAGUUCAAUAAAGUUGAUUCUUAACAAUUAGAUUCAUGAACUAAAAGGAGAAACUAUACUAGAUGCUAUAAAUCAAAAUAGAUUAAUAAUAUAUCUCAAUCAUCCAAAAGAAAUUAAAAAUACAAAACAGGAGGAUACCUGUAAAAGUAUGCGAUAAACAAAAGAUGAUUCAGUAUAGGAUAAAGAAUAAGAAGAGGAUAUUGAUGACAAUUUUUAAUUGGUUAAUAAUAUUAAGGAUUAUUUAUGA